AUGUGUACGAGCAGUGCUGACGAGGCGCACAGCGGCUUUAUGGAUCUCAGCGCUGACGCGUGGCUGAGCGUGUUGCUCGUGUCAGAGAGUGCCCUUACUGUGAGUCGGUGCGCGGCGGUCUGCGAAGCGUUCCGUGAUCUGGUGUAUCGCAGCGCGCAGCUGUGGCAGUUGCUCGCGGCCCGCGACUUUGGCCUGCGCGAGGAAUGCGAGUGGUUUCUCCAAGUGGAUGUGGCGAGCACAGCAACGGCCGGCACGCUGUCUUCGAUCGCUGCUCUACGGUGGCGCGGGGCGUAUGCAGAGUGCAGGGCUGCGCUUGACCGGAGCACUCGCCAGUCCACGAGGCAGGAGCAGUACAGGCCCCAGACUGCGGCUGCGGGGCUGAUCUCGCUGCGGGAAACCGCGUGCAGCGACAGCGCCGGCGAGUUUGCGGCAUACUACCCCGUGCACUUUGCGCUCCGGGGCUGCGGGCCGCUCGAGUGCUGCUGGUGCUCGAGCAGUGGCAACUGCCGUAACGUGAGCGUGUGCGCGCGGGUCGCCGGCGGCUACGCACUGGUCACGGCGGUGGGCUGCGUCAAUCCGGCAGACGGCUUCGACAACCCGGUGAAGGACGUGGUCGUCUUCGGCUCGCUUUCGCCGCUUUCGCUCGGCUCGAGCCGCUUCGACGACGGCGGCCGCGACGACGAGGCGAAGCGGCUGGUCGAGGCCGCCCUCGACGGCUCCGCGGAAGCCACGCCACGGCUGCCGCCCGACGCACCGCUCGGCGGCUGCCGCUUCCCUCCGUUCCCCGCGUGCCGCGGGCUGCAUGUGGUGCGCCCGUGUGCGCCGACAGUGGUGCGCUUCGUGCGCUUCCUCGUGCUGUCGUCGCAGAACCCCGCGGGACACACGGACGCCAACGUCGACGUCUCCAAGCUGCAGCUCUUCGGCACACCGCUCGGCCGGCCGCCACACGCGGACGACGAGACGCACGACGGCGGCGGCACUUCGGCGCUGCUGCAGAGGCUGCACCUCGACUGCGUCAGGGUACGCUCGCCAGACGGCUCGCGGGGCCCAAACUACCCGUAGGUGUGCCGCAGUUCUCCUGGGGUGCGGCACCACCAGCAUCACUAGAGUAACUGCCAGAGACCGACACGGCGACACCUUGGUGCUUCUAGAUGGUGUGAGCGGCAGCGUUGGGCGCCGGCGGCGACAGGCCGACCGGAGCGGUCGCCAUUCAAGUGAAGGCGCCGUUCAAAAUAUGUGCUCGG